GCUCCGCCCACCAGCAAAUGGUUCAAUCAAUACCAACCUGCUUGGAUUGAGUUUCAAACGCAUCCAGAGUGUUUCGUUCAUCUACCAAAGAAGGAUCACACUUUGCGAGCGUGAUAGCACACUAAGAAACAAAAAUGGAACACUACCGCACCCAUCUAACCUUUGAAACAACUUUAAAAAACACCAACAUUAUGCUGCUGAUGAUGGGUAUUCCGCCCUGCGAGGAACGUUAUCCGGUCGGUGUGUUGGCUACGGUUUGGAGAAACUUGGCCUUUAUUGGAUCUUUCCUAUUGCUGUGCUAUACAACGAUCGGCGAACUGAUCUAUCUGCUGCAGAUGUUCGAGCGGGAAGUGAACUUUCUCGAGGUGACAUUUCAAGCACCGUGCAUUGGGUACUGUGUGAUCGGUGUGCUGAAAAUGAUUAUCCUAGCGGUGCGACGCAACACGAUCGCCGAGCUGGUGGGAUUGUUUCGCGCGAAAUGGAACGAAGCGAUCGUAGAAGACGAGCAUUGGAAGAUAUGUGCGGAUACCAUGAAACCAGCGAUCUGGGUUACCUCCGUAACGGCUCUGGUAAACGUGGUGAUGGGCAUAUCCUUCACCAUGCUACCGAUAGCGGAAAUGAUCUACUGCCACUAUUACACCGGCACCUGGACCCGUCAGCUAUCGUUCAACAUCUGGUGGCCGUUCGAUGUGCUCGCCGGUGCCAAGUACUUCUGGUUCGUCUAUCCACUGUACGUGGUGAUUGGAUUUAUUGGCAUUAUUAUCCAUAUGGCAUUCGAUUGUUUAUUCUGCAUAUUGGCCGCCCAUUUGUGUAUGCACUUCCGGAUCCUGGAGCAUAAUCUCGCCCUUGCUGUGGGGCAUACUGAUCGAAAGGAGAAUGAGGACAAAAACAGCAUAACACGUCUGCAGAAGGUGAUAGUUAAUCAUCAAAAUUUGAUUGGGUGUGGCGUAUUCAUGCAGAACGUGUUCGGUAACACGCUGUUUGUUAACUUUUGCGGCAGUUCGAUCAUUAUCUGCAUCCAAAUGUUUAUGAUUACGACCGUGAGUGGAUACAUGCUGGUUAAGUUUGUGCUGUUUAUGCUGUGUUUUCUGAUUGAACUGCUGAUGUUGUGUGUGUACGGUGAGGAUAUUGUCGAAUCGAGUGGAUUAUUGAUUAAUGCAGCUUAUGGCUGCCAGUGGUACAAGGAGUCAAAGCCCUUCCAGCGCACCGUACUACAGAUAAUACACCGAAGUCAACAGCCCGUCCUUCUAACUGCUUGGAAAAUCUGGCCCAUUAAAAUAAGAACUUUCAGCACGAUUUUACAGGCUUCCUGGUCCUACUUUACACUACUGAAAACUGUUUACGGGAACAAAUAGGUGAUAUCCAUCGGUCUGCCAUCCAUACAAAAUGACUCAGUAUUGAUGACGAGAAGGAAAAACUUAAUCGUAAACAAAUCGGAACUAAUGUUGGUAUAUUGCACGCCUAUUAUCAACACAUUCUAAUCAACGCGCAGCAAAAGUCAUAGAAUGCACGCAAAGGAACAGGAACCGACAGGUUUCGUCACCGUACAAGUGAGGAAACAAGCUUUGAGUCACAUACGUGUUUGUAUCAGCUGUUGCAGCUAUGCAAUAUAGAGAAAAAUAAAACCAAACCCUUAUCGGGUCGCGACAAAAAGGCUAACGAUAGCGGUAGUAUCAGCGUAGUAAGGGCUGGCCAAACAAAAAAAAAACAACGCACCCGGGGA